AAUUGACCCUCACGGGGUCCGGUUGCGUUCCACCAAAACAGGAAGUUUUGAGAGUUUGUUUGCUAGCUAAGCCGCCUGUUGUGUUACGUACAACAACUGCGCGAUUGUGUAAGUGUUGUAGCUUUUUGGACAACCGGUGUCGCUUCGUUCAUGUGCAGCUAAGGUCAGCCGGGCAUCGCCGUAAUAUGACGUUAUGGAGGAGCGUAAGCUAAAGAGAAAAAGUACCAGGAGCUCCACGAACACCGCGGCUCCCACCGGUGGCUCCAGCCGGAAGAACAGCGCUUUGUCCGGCGGACGGCACCUCGGUUACGGCCAUAACAUGGGCACGCACUCCAGCCAGAAGAGCAAGACGAGGCGGUCCGAUAAACCCAGGUACCAGCUGGGUUUGGGUGCUAAAGCAAAUGCGAGCCAAGGCCAGGCAGCUCCUGUCAUCCAGCACUCGUUUCUGACUGAUGUUUCAGACGUGCAAGAGAUGGAGAAUGGCCUGCUCAGUCUUCUCAACGACUUUCACUCAGGGAAACUUCAAGCGUUUGGCAAUGAGUGCUCCAUUGACCAGAUGGAGCAUGUGCGAGAGAUGCAGGAGAAGCUGGCACGUUUGCACUUUGACCUGUAUGGAGAGGUGGAUGAAAUGCCAGAGGACCAGAGAAAAAUGGCAUGUGACACCAACAUGGACAAAUUACUUCUCAAUCUUGAGGAGCUGAGUUCAUCCAUUCAGAAGCUGAAUCUAGCUGACACCCAGGAGGCCGCGAGGACUGCCAGUACCUGACUUUCUUUUCUCCUCUCAACAUUAUUUUUCAGCUGUUUAUUUCUUUGCCACCUAGAAAGGCUGCUGUGCAUCUUCAAGAUGGACCUGAAGCGAGAUUGUUGGUUCUGUUUAAAGUAUUAUAGGAGAAGUGACUACAGAUGUGUUCACCAGCGCCCCCUUCUGCACAGGGGAAUAAAUAUAUUGUAAGGUGAAGGCUAACAAAUUGGUACUUGACUGCUUACUGUGUAGAAGCUGAGCGUUAAAUACAGUUAAGCCUUCUAUGUGAGCCAAUACAAAUCUAAAACUAGUCGUGUUUAGCUGACAUCAUGACUUAGCAAAAUAAUAACCUGCAUCACUUAGUGGUUUUGCAUAUGAUGGGAGUGGCCUGAUAUAUUCACCAACACAUUAAUUAGUGUUGAUAUUUGCACAUAUUCAUGCAACAUGCAAGACUCUCUGCACGUUCUUCAGUUUGACACUGGAAUGGAGUAAUCCAAAGGUUGACAUUACAAUCAUGCCUUAACUUUUUUUUAUUUAACUACUUUUGCCUUAUUGAAUCAAAUGUCUUCUGUGACUUGUUUAGGUUUUAGCCUUGGAUUCUCACUUUUAAAAUAAUCAUUUGAUGCUGCUUUGAUUGUAUUUCCUACUUUUUUCACCACCUACUUUAACCAGUGUUGUGAGGUGUGGUGUAAUUUUAAUAUUUUAUUUAAAAAUGUUUUAAUAUUGAUCUGAAUAAAUGUGUUGUCUGACUCGUUUAA